AUGACCUUUGAUUUCGGUAGUGAACGGCAGGCACUCGUCCUGCGAUUCCUUCUGGCCGUGGUCUGUGUCCUCCCUUUGGCCAGCGGCAGCUCCAACCGAGCCCUGCGAAGUCGCUCCCUCGGUGUAGCCGAGGCGACGCUUAGCAUCGACACAGACCUUCAGAGAAACACCAGCAGCCCCUCAAGCAACAGCAGUGGGACAAGCGGCAACAGCUCGAGUACACUUAGCUCCGCUGCCGCAAGUUCCCGCAACACUUCCAGCCUGCAAGACGUGCUCAACAACGGCCUGGUGGAUGGCAAAAUCAGCACACUGUACUGGGCGGAGAUUGACAGGACCAUUGCAGCCGCAGGCCUCGUCACGCCCCAGCCACCGUCGCUGAACGAUCUUGGCCCGACUCCCACGCCGGACCCGUAUACAUCCAUCUUGGGUGUCCAGAAGACCGCCUCAAGCGCCGACGAUGCCACAGCCACGCUGGCAAACUACGAGCUUGUCACGCCGCCACCGCCUAUCCCGCCUCACGCGGCGAGUGUGCCAAAGGUGAGCGUCUUGCCCUACCAGAUGACUCUUGGCGCAGAGGUACUGCGCGGAAUGUCUGAGAAGGUCACGCCGGAGCCCUUGCCAGCGCAGGAGUUGGUGGAUGCAUCUUUCGCUGCACAGUGUCCGAUGGUCAUGCUUUCCAACGACGUCUUUGUCACGCCUCCUUGUGAUCACGGAGAUGGAUUUGGAACAUGGUCUGAUCCUGCCAACACCAGGAAUAUCCUGAGCUUCGCCGACGACAUCUAUGUUUCGUGGCACCUGGCAGCUUCCCGUGUAGAGCAAGGAUUGCGCCCAGACGCGAUACUCCAAUAG